CUAGAGAGUGCCUUAUCGUCUUCCCUUCCCUUCAUUCAGAUACGACUACAACUGGUAGCGUGCAGUGUAAUUGUAGCAGCAGAUCAUGCGAUUCCUCCAUACCAACAGUGCACAUUACAAGUGGAAAAGCGUACUUAUUCCUGAUACUUUGACAGACUCUCAUUUCUUGAUUCAAAGGUCAUGACUUAAAGCAUGGCACCUGAUUCUAGUUUCUCUUAUCUAUGCAACUAAUUUUUCCCUUUUCCCUUUGCUUUUCUGUUGCUUCCUGCCUCAUGCAGGUCACCGGAGUUUCUUCUUUUCUCUUAGCUGUGUGCUUUCCUUGAGGUCCUUCUUCUCUGUUGUACACCACUUGUAUAUCUGUAUAGGUUCCUAUAAUUUUUGACAAACAUACCGUUGCUGUGUUAAAUUGCUUAUAUAUUGUUUCGGGCAAUAAUCUUGCAGCCGCCUAUGAAUCAAUUUUGCAAAGAAUCUUUUCUGGGCCUGCCAACUUAGCCGUGCAUCGUUCAUCCAAAAUGAAUGCGAUUCGGCAUUUUCCACUAGUGUUAUGGUUUCUCUCAUCUGGAGUUUUCUCCUCACACGGGUUAGCCGGGAAUGUUUCUUCAACAAGACCAGCUGUAGUGAAUGUUGGAGCUAUUUUCUCAUUUGACUCCACCAUUGGCAGAGUUGCUAAGAUUGCAAUUCAGGAGGCUGUUAAAGACGUCAACUCCAACUCCACUCUCCUCCCAGGGACCAAACUUGUUGUCAAAAUGCAAACUUCCAAUUGCAGUGGAUUUGUUGGCAUGGUUGGAGCUUUGCAGCUCAUGGAGACGGAAACUGUUGCUGUUAUUGGGCCACAAUCUUCUGUAGUGGCACACACCAUAUCGCAUGUUGCAAAUGAACUUCAAGUACCUCUCUUGUCGUUUGCUGCUACAGACCCCACUCUUUCUUCGCUUCAGUUUCCUUAUUUUGUUAGGACUACGCGGAGUGAUUCUUACCAGAUGACUGCAAUAGCUGAAAUGGUAGACUAUUACGGUUGGAAAGAUGUAAUUGUGGUUUUCCUAGAUGAUGAUUAUGGAAGGAAUGGUGUGUCUGCAUUAGAUGAUGCAAUCGCAGCUAGGCGCGGUAGAAUCUCAUACAAAGCAGGGAUUCCACCAGCACCUGGUGUUAAUAGGACUGACAUAAUAGACAUUUUGAUAAAGGUUGCGGUUAUGGAGUCUCGGGUUAUAGUUCUACAUGCUUAUCCUGAUGUUGGGUUCAUGGUAUUUUCUGUGGCACAGUAUCUUGGAAUGAUGGGUGAUGGCUAUGUUUGGAUAGCUACAGAUUGGCUUUCUUCUGUGUUGGAUUCCUCUUCCCCACUUCCUCUGGAGAAUAUGGACUCCAUGCAAGGAGUUCUUGUUUUACGUCAGCAUACCCCUGAUUCUGAUAGGAAAAGAUCAUUUUUGUCAAGGUGGAAUAAACUCAACGGUGGUUCAUUAGGUCUGCAUUCCUAUGGUCUUUAUGCUUAUGAUACCGUUUGGUUGGUUGCUCGUGCCAUAAAUUCAUUCUUUGAGGAGGGCGGAAGAAUCUCAUUUUCCAGUGAUCCUAAUCUACGGUUUGUUCAGGGGAGUACUCUGCACCUUGAAGAGCUGAAAAUUUUUGAUGGAGGGCCUCUUUUGUUGAAAAAGAUUUUGGAGAGUAAUUUUGUUGGUUUGACGGGGCCUGUCAAGUUUAAUUCUGAUAGAUCUCUUGUUUUUCCAGCAUAUGACAUUAUAAAUGUCAUUGGAACUGGUUUUAGAGUGAUUGGUCAUUGGUCUAACUAUUCUGGAUUAUCCACUGUGCCUCCUGAGACUCUUUAUUCAAGGCCACCAAAUCGUUCAAGUGCAAAUCAACAGUUAUUUGGUGUAGUUUGGCCAGGAGAGACGGUAAUAAAGCCUCGUGGAUGGGUUUUCCCAAACAAUGGAAAGCAAUUAAAGAUUGCAGUACCCAGACGGGUAGGUUAUCGAGAAUUUGUGUCACAAGUGCCAGGGACUAGCACUUUUAAAGGAUUCUGCAUAGAUGUCUUUACAGCUGCUGUUAACUUGUUGCCAUAUGCUAUUCCAUAUCAGUUCAUCGCCUUUGGAGAUGGCCAUGAAAACCCUAGCUAUAGUGAGCUUGUGGAGCUGAUAAGUGCAGGGGUGUUUGAUGGUGCUGUUGGUGACAUUACAAUUGUCACCAAUAGGACAAAGACUGUAGAUUUCACCCAGCCUUAUGUUUCAUCGGGACUUGUUGUAGUGGCCCCAUUUAGGAAGUUAAAUACUGGUGCAUGGGCUUUCCUCAGACCCUUUUCAGGAUUGAUGUGGGGAGUUACUGCUGCUUUCUUUCUUUUGGUUGGCAUAGUUGUUUGGAUAUUGGAACACCGAACUAAUGAUGAGUUCCGUGGACCACCAAAGCAGCAACUAAUAACCAUCCUAUGGUUCAGCCUGUCAACCUUAUUUUUCGCCCACAGAGAGAGUACCGCGAGCGCACUUGGACGUGUGGUGCUGAUAAUAUGGCUAUUUGUGGUUCUCAUAAUUAACUCAAGUUAUACUGCGAGUUUAACCUCUAUUCUUACAGUACAGCAGCUCUAUUCUCCUAUUAAAGGAGUUGAAAGCUUGAAAGAAAGUGAUGAACCUAUUGGCUACCAAGUGGGUUCUUUUGCUGAAAAUUAUCUGAUUGAGGAAAUCGGUAUACCUAAAUCCAGGCUUGUCUCACUCGGGACACCAGAAGAGUAUGCAACAAAACUUCUAAGUGGUCCAAAAAAAGGUGGUGUUGCUGCCGUGGUGGAUGAACUUCCUUAUGUAGAACUUUUCUUAUCAAGCCAAUGCAAAUUCAGAAUUGUAGGCCAGGAGUUCACCAAAAGCGGCUGGGGCUUUGCAUUUCCACGGGAUUCUGCUUUGGCUGUUGACCUAUCAACUGCUAUAUUAGCUCUAUCUGAGAAUGGAGACCUCCAGCGGAUACACGACAAAUGGUUGACAAAAAGCACAUGCAGUUCGGAUAAUGCAGAGAUUGAUUCAGACCGCCUACACCUAAAAAGCUUUUCGGGUCUCUUUCUGCUAUGCGGGAUAACUUGCUUCAUCGCUCUGUUAAUAUAUUUCUGGCAGAUUAUGCACAAAUUUCGGGAAGCUGCCCCUGCAGGUAGCAUUGCAAAUGAAGGCCCAGGAAGCUCGCGACUUCAGACGUUAUUUUCUUUAAUGGAUGCGAAGGUAGAUCCAUCCAGGAGAGACAGCAAGAGGAGGAAAAUAGAGAUAUCAUCAUUAUCAGAUGGAAUAGACUUUGGAAAGGAUCCUGAUGGAAGGCAAUAAUCUCAAGCAACCAAAAUUAUCUGUUUGGUUAGAAGCGUAUUUGAUUCUUGUCUACAGUCUACGCAUGCACAAUCCCGCGCUCACGUAAACUUUGGAUAGAUUAUUGGUUAUUACUACUAAUACAAUACUACUACUUUCCAGUUGCAAGUCAGCAGUAAUGUUACUUUUGAUAAGUGUACAAAAUCAGCAUUCUUAGCUGACUGACGGUUCCUGAAUGCAUUUUUACAUGUUUAAAGAAUGGAAACAUCGCUAAUAUAUAAAAUUUUAAGUAGCACUGCUGUAUCUUAUGUUCUUUC